AUGACCCAGAUUCAGCACAACGGCACGCCCAAGUCUCAGAGCAUCCAGGCGGACGGUCGAGUGUUCUCACUCAACGCGCAAGGCGCCAACUACCGUUUCCAUGUGGACGACACGGGAGACCUUGUCCAUGACCACUUUGGAAGUCCGGCCGCGGUUCCGCCCACGGAGGUUGGACCUGAACACUUUUCCGGCUGGGCUACUCGCCAGAGCAACCAGAAGCGAGAGCUGCCAGACGCAGGGCGUGGCGACUUUCAUCUGCCUGCAAUUCACAUUCGCACAGGUGCGGGGCACACGGUGACCGACUUCCAGUACACCGGCUAUGAGGUUGUGGCUGGCAAGCCAAAGCUCGACGGCUUGCCCGCCACCUUUGGUGACGCGGGCGAUGUCACCACUCUGCUCGUGACGCUCAACGACAAGGAGUCCAACCUGGAGGUGACCCUCCGCUACUCUGUCUUCCCUGCCUACAACGCCAUUGCGCGUUCAUACACCAUCCACAACAAGGGCACCCAGGACGCCGAGAUCAAGCGUGCCUCGAGCUUCACGCUCAACCUCGACGCGGGUCAGUGGGACAUGGUUCAGCUUUCUGGAGACUGGAGCCGCGAGGCAAACCAGGAGCGCCGCCCGGUCAACACCGGCACGCAAGGUCUCGCUGGCUACUCGUCGCACUUUUUCAAUCCGUUCGUCGCCCUUGUCGGCUCAAACACAACAGAAACUACCGGUCCAGCGUAUGGCCUGUCGUUCAUUUACUCUGGUUCCUUUGCGGUCGACGUGGAGCGGUUCGUCUUGGACAGUGUCCGCGCCAACAUUGGCCUCCACCCCCUUCACCUCGAAUGGAAGCUCGCCCCCGGAGAGUCGUUCACCACGCCCGAGUGCGUCGCCGUCUUCUCAGAGAAUGGCCUUGGUGGCAUGAGCCGCUCCCUCCACGGCCUGUACCGCAACCACCUGAGCCGGUCCGAGUGGACGCACCAGCCGCGGCCGACGCUCCUCAACUCGUGGGAGGGUGUGUACUUUGACUUUGAUGACGAAAAGCUCUACGCCAAAGCCAAAGACUCUGCCGAUCUCGGCAUCCAGAUGUACGUCAUGGACGACGGCUGGUUUGGCGACAAGUGUCCACGCCUCCAGGACAAUGCUGGCCUGGGUGACUGGGUCCCCAACCCGGACCGUUUCCCGGACGGUUUGGGAUCGUUUGUGGACCGCGUCACUUCGCUGCCAGUCCGCGGCACUGACAAGACACUCCGGUUCGGUAUCUGGGUCGAGCCCGAAAUGGUCAACCCUACGUCCGAGCUGUACCAGGCGCACCCGGACUGGGUUCUGCACGCAGGCGGCCACAAGCGUACUGAGGAGCGCAACCAGCUGGUUCUCGACCUUUCGCGCCGCGAGGUACAGGAUUACAUCAUUGAAAAGAUUGGUGAUAUCCUCGCUUCGGCCAACAUUUCCUAUGUCAAGUGGGACAACAACAGGGCCAUUCACGAGCUUGCUUCUCCGUCGACCGCCCAUGGGUACAUGCUUGGCUUGUACCGCGUCAUCGACGCUCUGACGACGCGCUUCCCCCACGUCCUCUGGGAAGGGUGCGCUUCCGGAGGUGGCCGCUUCGACCCAGGCCUCCUUUACUACUGGCCUCAGUCGUGGACGAGCGACAACACGGACGCGCUGGACCGCCUUCACAUUCAGUUUGGCACCUCGCUCGUUUACCCCCCGAGCUCGAUGGGCGCGCACAUCUCCGCUGUCCCCAACCACCAGGUUCACCGUACGACGCCACUCGAGUUCCGCGCCCAUGUUGCAAUGAUGGGCGGUAGCUUUGGCUUUGAGCUCGACCUCCAGAUGCUCGGCGAGGAGGACCGCAAGGACAUCAAUGGCAUCCUCGCGCUCUCAGACAAGGUGUCCCCAUAUGUCAUCAAGGGCGACAUGUACCGCCUUGCCCUGCCCGGAGACAGCAACUACCCGGCAGCCCUCUACAUGCUGCCUGAUGCCAGCGCCGGUGUGCUCCUGGCGUACUGCAUGGCGGCUAGGGUUCACAAGUACCCGCCACCACUCUACUUUGCCGGUAUCGACCGCCAUGCCACAUACGAGAUCGACGGCAAGACGUACUCGGGUGCGGUCCUGGCGAACUCUGGGCUCAAGCUCAACUGGGAGGAGAAGGACUACCAGAGCAAGGUGCUGUUCAUCAAGCGCAUUGAAUAG